CUACUCUGGGCCGGGCAGGGCGCCAUCAUGACGUCAUACCCGCCCCCGAAUAGGAAGGGGACUUACAUAUCUAUCUUUUGGAGUAUCUUCAACAUGGGAGGUGUCAUUGGUGGGUUGAUCCCAUUUGUGCUCAAUUACAACAGAACUGAGGCUGCUUCUGUGAAUGAUGCAACUUAUAUUGGGUUCAUGGUGUUUAUGAGUAUCGGCACGUUUCUGACGCUGGCUAUCUUGCCGCCGAGUAAGGUGGUACGUGACGACGGGACAAAGUGUACUAACAUUCAGUACUCGAAUGUCACUACGGAGGCGAUUGAGAUUGGGAAGCUGUUUCUGAAUUGGAAGAUGCUGCUUAUUGUCCCUGCUGCUUGGUCUAGCAACUUUUUUUAUACGUACCAGUUUAACAAUGUGAAUGGGGUGAUGUUCAAUUUGAGGACUAGGGGUUUGAACAAUGUGGUCUACUGGGGUGCACAGAUGGCUGGGUCGAUUGGGAUUGGUUACAUAAUGGAUUUCAGCUUCAAAAGUAGGAGGACGAGGGGGGUUUUCGGCAUUAUAGUGGUGGCUGUACUUAGCAGUGCUAUUUGGGCUGGUGGACUUGCCAAUCAGCUAGGGUACAGUCGCGGAAAUAAGCCAGAGAAGCUGGAUUUCAAGGGCGGUUCUGAUUACGCUGGACCGUUUGUGUUGUACUUUAGCUUCGGGUUGCUGGAUGCCAUGUUCCAGAGCCUUGUUUACUGGGUCAUUGGAGCCUUGGCUAAUGAUUCUGAAACUCUAAGCAGGUAUGUUGGAUUCUACAAAGGAGUGCAGAGUGCUGGAGGAGCUGUUGCUUGGCAAGUUGAUGCUCGCAAUGUCUCGUUCCUUGGUCAAUUGAUUAUGAAUUGGGUUUUUACAACUGUGAGCUAUCCGUUGUUGAUUGUUCUGGUCUUGUUUGCUGUGAAGAAUGAGGAUGAAGAAGAGGAAAUCACUAAGGCCAAGGAGGUUGCACCUAAGGAGGUUGAAUAGCUUAAUUAGUAAUUCCGAUAGAUUCUUUCAAAUUGUCUUUUGUAUUUGCUCCCACUUAAAAAAAGUGUAUGCUAUUAUGCAUGUUCGCUAGUAUUGAAAUUGAAAUUCUCCAUUGUUAUGC